CAAAGGAAUCAGCAACAAGGAACCGAUAGCGAGAGAGAUACGAAGGGAGCUACGUGUUGUCUAUCCCUUCCUCCAUGUGGUCGAAACCCUAGUUUUCACCGUCUCUCUCCAGCCCUUCCCUCUCUAAUUGUUCACAUUUCCUCUUCUCUCUUCUUUCCAAAUCCAAGCCUUUUUCACUCCGAUUUCUCUCUUAGCCCUUCGAGAAUCUUCACGCGAUGCGCCACGAACGUCUUCGAGAUCUCCAGACACAGCUCUAGCUCUCGAAAUUUAAUACAUACACGUAUAUAGGAAGCUAUGUAUAGAGAUCGAGGAGGCGGAUCUUCGAAGUCGGAGAUCACCAGCGGCCCAUUGGAUCGGAAGCGGAUCAAUGACGCGUUGGAUAAGCACUUGGAGAAGUCGUCGCCGUCAACUUCGAGGGGGCUGAACAGCAGCAGCAAGGACAAAGAGAGAUUGUCGAUGCCGUCCACUUCUGCUGGCGGCAAGUUGCAGCAGCUCGAUCACCGCGACACUCGGUCGACGUCCACUCUCACUGCCAAGAACAAAUGCUCUGAUGAGGAAUCUGAAACAGAUAGCGAAGAGUCUGAUAUCAGUGGUUCUGAUGGGGAUGACACAUCUUGGAUUUCAUGGUUUUGCAAUUUGCGAGGGAAUGAGUUUUUCUGUGAAGUUGAUGAUGAAUACAUCCAAGAUGAUUUCAAUCUUUGUGGGUUGAGCAGUCAAGUUCCGUAUUAUGAUUAUGCACUGGAUCUAAUUCUGGAUGUUGAGUCUUCUCACGGUGACAUGUUUACUGAAGAACAGAACGAACUGAUUGAAUCAGCAGCAGAGAUGCUGUAUGGACUGAUACAUGUUCGGUACAUUUUGACUACAAAGGGAAUGGCAGCAAUGUUGGAGAAGUAUAAAAGUUAUGAUUUUGGGAGAUGCCCAAGAGUUUACUGUUGUGGACAACCCUGCCUACCAGUUGGCCAAUCAGAUAUACCGCGUUCAAGUACUGUGAAAAUUUAUUGCCCUAGAUGCGAAGACAUUUACUACCCUCGAUCCAAGUACCAAGGCAACAUUGAUGGAGCUUACUUUGGAACUACAUUUCCUCACCUGUUUCUGAUGACAUAUGGGCAUCUCAAACCACAGAAGGCUGCACAGAGCUAUGUUCCCAGGGUAUUUGGCUUCAAGAUUCACAAGCCAUGAUACAGAAGCUGUCCACCGGUGGAGAUCUCUUUUUCUGCUGCUACUGAUUCUCCUUUUGUUUCUCUCCCUGUACUAGGUGGUCGUACCAACCGAGGUAAAGUGCGGUACUGCCUGAUGGAAAAUCAAAUAUGUCCAAGUCUGUUGAGGAAACUUUUCUUUUACAUUCUUCCCAGAAUUUAACAGAGCAUAUGUAAGCUUAUUUCACCUUUCCAGGGUUGAGAACUCUUUAAUGUGUUUGCCCUAGUAGUUCAAUUCAUCUUUAUUUUAUUUUCA